GUAUCUUGUAUCUUGAGUACUUUGAUGUCUAUUUUCCACAAGAGUAACCCUUCCUGAAUUUAUUGACUUCCGGUUGGAAUAUUUACAAUUUUCGGACAUUUUUCGUAAACAUUUUGAGGUUCUAGACUGCUAAAUACUUGAACGAUGGCGACAACAUAUGAGCACUCGACUACAACUACAAGCAGUAGUUCAGAAGGAAUAGGGCUUGAUAAAGCUUUUCUAAGGACAUACCAGGGAAUUUUAAAAAUUGUAGAAUGUAUUUUAGACAUCAUUGCGUUUAUCUGUGCGAGUAUUUGGAUUCACUGGGGACCAUACGGAGGAGGUUGGGUACAGUUUGUAACAAUGUCGGCAUUUAUAACAACUCUUCUUCUCUUUGGCUUUCAUUUGUUUAGAAUCAUAUACAAGCUGCCUGGACCUUGGGGACUCAUUGAAUUAAUCUACUAUGUCCUGUACUCGUUGAUGUUGCUAAUAUCGGGGAUUGUGGCAGCUUCACGUGGUCACUGGCACUCGUCUAUCGGGGCCACGGCAUUCUUCACAUUUGCGGCAACAGCGUGCUACGUGUUUGACACGUUCCUGCUAUUCCGAGCCUGGCAGCAAGGCCGUAGUGGCAGCAGUUCAGCUCAUACCACUACAACAGCAACAACAGAACAUACAACUUAUGAAACAAAAACACAGUACUAAUUAUGCAAAUACCGCUAAAAAUUUUGUGAAGAUAUAUAAUGAUCAUUAAUGUAUUAAUCAUUCAUACGAUUUUAUCGUCAUUUAAGGAUUUUAUUGUUUGAUGUGAUGUUAUACUUCUGCAUGAUCUGGGCCUCCGUUCAGUGAAAGUUUUGAAGUGUUUUGGAUUUGCCAUUUUAACUUCAGAUGAAGAAUGUGUUAUAAUGCAACCUUGAUUGAAGUAACUGUAUUUGAAAGAAAACGAUGCAUUUAAUAAGAUCAUUGUUUGGAGUUUAGAUGCAAAGGAAUUAUUUUAUGAGAGCUCAGCCCGAAUGAUAUGAUUGUGCAUAUCUGAACAACAAUUAAGGAAUCAAGGAAAUUUAUAUAAAAUAGAACAAUUUUUCCUGGUUUUAUAUCAGAAACAUCAUCUUACUUAAUAAAUGAGCUUUUGUAUUUUUGACAUUUAAGGCGAAAUGAUAUCUUAUAUAUAAAACUUGGAUGUUCAACUAGAGACUUGUCCCUUUUAAAUGUGAUUGAUUGUAAUAAUGAUAUGAAUGACAACACAGUAAUGAUCAUUAUAUAUUGCAUAUUUUAAAAUGCUAGCUUUUUUGUUUAAUCUGAUUAGUUAUCUAGGGAAAUGUUUUAUUUUAUUUAUAUGAAUUAUAGAGAAGUACACUUGGUAUAUUGUUAGUUAAGGUUUUAUGUAAAGUCUGUCUUGUAAUUAGGUAAAAGAAUUUAGGGUUUUUAAAAUUGGGUAUACAUUACUUAAUUGUUGUAUAUGUAAGAAAUGAUAAGUUCCCAAACGUGGUUUAUCACAGAAAACCCGAUUUUUGAGUUCUUAUGCGUAAGAAUAUGUCACGAAGGCCGUAGGCCUGAGUGAUAUAUUGUUUCGCAUAAGAACGAAAAACUCGGGUUAUUCUAUGAUAAAUCACAAUUGGGAACUUAUUACAGUCGAAACUCGGUAUCUCAAACUCGCUUACCUCGAAAUUCCGCUUAAAUCGAAGAAAUUUUCAAGUCCCGUCAAAUUUCCUUCUUUAUAUAUGUAAUUCAACUUCGGUUACGUCAAAAUUUGAGUUACCGAAACUCCGGAUGUGUCGAAAGGGAUUUUCAGUCCCGUCAAUAAAAUUCAAGUGCAUUUUAAACUCGGUAAGUCGAAGUGAGAAAAAUAUGCGAUAAAAUUUCACACGUCAUUGUGAAUGUGGCUCGUUUUCAACACAUGUCUAUGUUUAUUGCCUAUCCCACAAGGUUAUCAAAGUGAAAUGAUGUCACACUUGUUCGCACGUGCCAUAAUGAUAAUUGUUUGAUGUAAACAUUAGACUUCUUUAAUUAGCAGUCAUUUGUUUUUGAGACGUUAUGCUUUUAAUUUAAACUUAAAAAUUUAUUAGUUUGAACAGUUGGGAUCUUUAAUAAAGAUUAAUCAGAGGUAAUCGCGAUGUGACUGUAUAAACAUUAACUUCUUGAGGGAAAACAUCAUUCGUUCAAAUUCAAAUUCGUCAAAAUGAAAUGCUGUCAAUCCUUCGGCAGAGAAACAUGGUACUAAAAGGAAACCUGACUCAAAAACAUUUGAGGUCAGUAUCAUUUUUAUUCUUCGAAAAACUGAUAAAAACUUUGAUAAACAUAAACUGUACGGAAUCGUGUAUGCGUAAAGUGCCGACAGCGUAUAGACGGCAUCAAGAAAACAGUUUCUAUUUUUUAUCAAAUCUUUUCGUAAUGUGUACUCAUUUCUAUCCAUAUACAUCCCUCCUUAUAACUCGAAUUUCGGUUAUCUCGAAAUAAAAAAGCACAGUCCCUUGAAAUUCGAGAUACCGAGUUUCGACUGUAUUUCGAUUCUAACACGACAUACUGGUAUCAACAGUGUUAGAAAAAAGUGGUAACUACUUUUUACGACCGCACUACACACCUGGAUCGGAUGACGUCAUUGCACGCGAGUGGUAUAUCGCAGAAUAAUCUGAGAUAGAUUUUGCUCUACAUGUAUGUAGGUUAUUUUCUGGUCGUGUUAGAAUUAUAUGUAUUAUACUCAGUUACAAAUAAAAAUGUAUGUACGUUGUGUAAUAAUAAUUAUGACUAUAGGCAUUGUACUAGAGUUGUAAAUCUGUUGUUUUACUGUCUGAAUAUGAACAAAUAUGAUAGAAUUAAAUGAGGUGAACAAAUACCUUAAUAAGUUUAACAAUGUGAAAAAAUACUGAUUAAUUGAAUGAGUUGAACAAAUACUUUAAUAUGUUCAGUGAGGUGAACAAAUUCCUUAAAAAAUUGAAUGAGAUGAACAAGUUGUACAAGGUGAACAAAAUAUGUUAGUAAAGUUAUUGAGGCAAACACGUACAUUCAUUAUUUGAAUAAGGUGAACAGAUACCUUAAAAAGUUGAAUGAGAUGGACAAAGAGGUAGUGGUUUUUGAUAAUGUGACAAAUAAAGUAGGAGAAUUAUAUAUAUAUGAUCCUCUCAGCUACUUAACUGUAGAUCAAGUCUUUGUUCCUGUAGUCAGGACUAUCUUGUGUAUACAAGUUUUAUUGCUCUAUGGCUGUGUUUGGGGUGCUCUGUGCUUCCAAAUCUACCCUUACCUUUUAUCUUUUAUUUGUUGUUUAUAAACCUAAAUAGAUCAAAGAUGAAUCGAUUUUACAGUCUGUAUAAAUUUUGACAAUAGUUUUGACAUUCCUUUUUAGUCACUGUCAGGUUAAAAAUUGUGCUGAAAAUAAAGUAAUAAGAAACAAAAUAAUUAUCGGAAUAAAUAUUGAAGAUAUGUUCACCUUAGUGCAAACUGUGGACAAGUGCAUUGAUAUAAAGAAGCACUGAUAAACUUUCGGCAUUCAGGCAGACGAAUAAUUUGCAUGCAUCGAAGAUUUUCAAUCAAACAUAUCUUAUUAUAUCAUCAUUCACAUUUUAAAACAAUUGUUGAAUACGUAAGGUUGUGACCAUUUAUCUGUAUACAAGUACUUACAGUUUUAGUGACCUAGAAGUACUAACAUCCUAUAAAGUCCAAUCUCAGUACAACAUCGGCUUACAUGUGACUAUCUCUCGAUCUAAAGUUAAGUAGCUAUGAUGUCCAACAAAAUUUCCUUUGUUUUCAACCCUUAAAUUUAUGUUAUCUUGAAAGACUGUGUUAUUGUUGUUUAUAUAAAGAGAUUUUUCAUUAUAUUUUUUAUUGUUUUCAGUAGACUUGUGUAAAUUUUAUUUCUUUAUAUUUUAACCAUAUAUUAUGCUAUGUAUGUCCAGACUUCCUUUAAAGAAAAUCCAGUUACAUCCCACAUUGCAUGCUUUUCUUUUGGCAGUUGAACAAAAAAAUAAGUGGCAAAUUGAAAAUUAUUUAAUCAAAACUUCUCUUUACUCUCAAAGGUCAGAUCAUUUGAAAAUUCCCGUGAACUUUUUUUUUCAUAAAAAGUUAGCAGCAGAAUUCUUUAAGUUGAAAAAAAAGAGAAACUCUGGUCCUAAGGUGUUGGUGCAUAUAGUAUGAAAUAUUGUAAUGUUAUCCCAUAGUGCCAUGUCUGUAAAACCUUUAGUUGCCUUACAUACAUGAAUCUGUCCAUUUUCUCUAUUUAUUUCAUUGAUUCCUAGCACCAUUGAUUUACUUGACAUACUGUUACCUCGGCCCAAAAAGUGGUUUACUGUACUGACAUAGAGAAACACCUGAUUAAUUGUAUUGACAUAAGAAACAGUUAACUUGUUAACUGCAUUGACAUGAGAAGCAGUUAACCACUUUUUGCAUGAAGGUGAUGUAUGAGUAUGUUGUAGACUGUAUGCCACGUUCCUGUACUUCUUUAAAAACAUAGAUGCUAUUGUGCUGUUUAAGUGACAUUUGUUACACAUUUGCGAUUAUUGUUCUUUAGUAUGCAGCUGAAUAAGCUUGAUAGGGCACCAUUUCAGAUGUAAACGUCGUAAAGGUGCACCAUUUCAGAUGUAAACAUCUUAAAGGUGCACCAUUUCAGAUGUAAACAUCGUAAAGGUGCACCAUUUCAGAUGUAAACAUCUUAAAGGUGCACCAUACCAUUUCAGAUGUAAACAUCGUAAAGGUGCACCAUUUCAGAUGUAAACGUAAAGGUGCACCGUUACAGAUGUAAACGUAAAGGUGCACCAUUUCAGAUGUAAACGUCGUAAAGGUGCACCAUUCCAGAUGUAAACAUCUUAAAGGGACACCACCCAAGAUGUAACUUGUUAUAGGACACCUUGACUCAAGACAGAACACAUUAAAGGGGUGUGUCUUUUUUUUUUGUUCUUAGAAUUUAGAAAGUACUUUUUAUUGGUUAUUAUUUCGGAGAAAAUGUAAAUUCAGUGAAGAAGUCAGCUUGAGGCGGUAUUUAUUUGUAUAGCCUGUAAAAUAUUUGAAAAGCUCUCUUCUGCAUUAGUAACACAGUAAUUUUUUUAAAUGUAAAAUGGACUUAACUUGGCAGUUUUCUAUCAUUAAAUGAUAAUAAAUGACAAUUUAUGAAAAUAGUAAACAUUGCUAUUUUUGUUACAAAUUGAUAUUGUGAUAUACAUCUGGAGGCUUGCCCAUUUACAACCACUGAAAGACAUGCUAUUUUAUGAGGAAUUUCUGACCAAAUGAAAAGUGUUGAAUGCUUUAAACUUUCAUUAUGCAAGGUAUCAAUUGGCAGUUUAUCCUUUAGCUUACUGCUUUUAUUUUGUGCAAGAUCAUUUAUAUACAUUGUACAUUGUUCUGGUAUUUUGACUGCAUAACUAGUCAUAUUUUUUGUGUAUAUAUUAUAUGUUUGUUAUGCACCAGGUACAUAAAUAUAUGCUUAUUUGUAUAGUCAUUUUUGGCAUUGAAACAUACACAUUUUACAUUGAAGAACAAAUAGAAAAUGUUGUGUGUUGGAAGCAUCUGAUUGGAUGUGUCACAAUUCUAAAAUUAACCAAUUUAAGUGGAACAUUUUUAUUCAUGGCAUCAGAGGUGCAUUUUAAGAGUGAUGUUUAAAUUUAAAUUAAAGUCACAGAUGUUUUGACCAUCUUUCUUUGCAAUUUUUUAUGUAAAUGUUCCUGUUGAAUUAGAUAAAUUUGGUGAAGUUAAAAACAACAUUUUAAAACUGUAUUUCUAUGUUCCUGUGUGCUUGGUUUACACAUCAUAAAUUUCGUGCUCCUUGUCUGGUAGGCUGAAGGAACAAACAUUUUUUACCAUAGAAGAAAAAAAUAGGAUAUUUCAUAUUUCAUCCAGUGUUGCAGUGAUAUCCAGAAAUACACUGUAUUCUAUAUAUUCAGCUGCUAAUAGUAAGUCCCAAAAAAGGGGUCUUACAAUAGGCUUUUGAUUGUUUUAACAGUUACAAACAUUUAAUAGAGGCUUCUUGAUAAGCUUUGUUUUAUUUUAGUGCAUUUUCAUCCAUCAAGAGAUUUGUCAGAAUUCCGAGACAAACCUCUGUUUCUCUCCUGUAUUUUAUGUGGCCGGUCAGAUUGAAAAUUGAGUAUUAUCAAUGCAAAAUAAUUGCCAACAAUGAAUAAAGUCGAUACAGCAUGAUUAAUAAAAAUUUAAUUUUCUAACCAGAUAUUUAUAAAUUUACCUUGAGGAAUAAUGAUAUUCUUUGUAAUUUGGUGUUAAUAUUGAAAAGGAUUGGAUCCGGCUUUUCAUGGAAGGUUUUGAUUGGUUUGAAAAGGUCUGUCACAAAAUGUUUCUUAAUGGCUGAAACCUUUUAUCUGUAAGGUAACCAAACUAAAAAUACAGGGGAAAUGUGCCAGAGGUUCGGCUAGGGAAUCUUGGUAAAACUCUGGUAUGUGAGAAUGUUUUAGUGCAACAGUUUCCUUUUUUGUACUCACAGCUCGCUUCACAGGAAUGCCUGGAGAUUUCCAGUCUGCAGGUUAUUCCACAAGGAGCUUAAAAGUCUUUGUGCUUCCUUUGUGAUAACUUCCUCCAAAAACAAAUUCGAAGUUUGUGCCCAAAAUAAAUUAUUCAGACAUUAUUGGAAAAUAUCUGUUUCUGUUCAUCAGAAAUCUAUAUUUUCCUAAGAAUUGUAACACAAAACUAAAAGAUUUUGUUUUUUUUUUUUAAAAAAAGAUUGAUCUUAAAAUAAGCUAACUACUAUGAUGUAUUGAAUAACAAAGAUUUGUGUUUUCAUUAAGCAAAAAAUUUCUAGAAAUAAUUCAACUGAAUCUCAUGUAACAAGAUCUGGCGACUUAUUUUUAAAAUCUUUAAUUAUUUACCUUGGUUAGCUUCUAUUUAUUUGAUAGUUUAGUUUGCUAAUUUAGGCUUAUGUAAGUUUUUAAGCCUAGUUAUGUUUAAUUUAUUUGUGUAACUGCUGUUGGAUAAAGAUCUGGUUUUUAAGUACAAGAAUAUUUUUUUUAUAUUUUUUCUUUCUGUUUUCAUUUUCUCAUUAACAAGACAUAAUUUUAUGUCUUUAAUAGAAUUAUAGUAGAUGCUUUAACAAAACCUUUUUGCUUUCUUCUUCAUUUAUUUCAUAUCAUACUAAUAGCCUAAUGUGUAUAUGUGUACAUUUUAUUAUUUAAUAAAUCUAGAAACUUU